GACUCACGAAGAAGGUGGAGUCCACGCUGCCGCCAUGAAGCAUGGCCUGGCGCCGGCAGCUGACAUCCACUUCAUGCAGAUCCCAGUGUGCGCGGGCCACGCUGACGAUGGGUACAUCUAUGACCAGGAAGGGGUCAACUUGACGCUGCAGUCGGCGGCUCGUUCCAUUACAGAGUCGCUCAACAAGCUGUCUACAGAUGGAGUGGUCGUCAGGGAUCGCUCGACAGGAGAGGUUUGUGCUUUCCAUGGCUUCGUCGUCAACUUCAAAGGAGAUUGGAAGUAUUUGGCGCAGUUGUUCAACAUGACCAAAACAGCCCAAAAGGAGGAGGUGUGCUGGAAAUGCGGUGCAACAAAGGGGACCAAUGACCCCGAGUUGUGCUACGUGAACUUGAGCCCUGAUGCACCGUGGCGGGCUGUGGUGACACCUCCAUGGACACAACGUCCGGCCUACGCCGACCUAGAGGACAGGCACCGCUUGGUGGUUGGCAAGUGCAUGGUGCAGCUCUAUGUUCGGAUGGCGCGAAAGGCUUUGGAUAGCAACUU